AGGGUACAGGAGCAACGGGGUUCAGAUGCAGAGAGCACAAAUUGCCCAGGAGCAAAGGAUGCAAGAGCAAAGAGCUCAAGAGCAGAGGGCUCAGAUGCAUAGAGCACAGGAGCAGAUGGCCCAGGAGCAGAGGGAACAGGAACAAAGAGCUCAGAUGCAAAGGGAACAGGAGCAAAGAGCUCAGAUGCAGAGGGAACAGGAGCAAAGAGCUCAGAUGCAGAGGGCACAGGAGUUGAUGGCCCAGGAGCAGAGGGAACAGGAGCAAAGAGCUCAGAUGCAAAGGGAACAGGAGCAGAGAGCUCAGAUGCAGAGAGCACAGGAGCAGAUGGCCCAGGAACAGAGGGAACAGGAGCAAAGAGCUCAGAUGCAGAGACAAGAGCAGCAGAGGGAACAGGAGCAGAGGGCCAUUGAAGAGCUUCGUGCCCAGGAAAGGAGAGUCAGAGAAGAGGCAGAAAAGAAAGAAAAAGAAAGGAAAAUUGCUCUUUUGAGGAAAAUAGAAGAACAAGAAAGAAUUCGAGCUGAACAUGAGAGGAAAGAUAGGGAGGAAAGGGAAAGGAGAUUAGCCAUGGAUAAAAUGAGAGAGCAAGCAGAACAAAGAGUUGCUCAAGAACUGAGGGAAAUAGAACUUAAGGAACAAAGGGACAGAGAAGCUAGGGAACAGAGGGAAAGAGAAGCGAGGGAACAGAGGGAAAGAGAAGCGAGGGAACAGAGAGAAAGAGAGGCUAGAGAACGAAGGGAAAGACAAGCUCAGGAAUUGAGGCAAAGAGAAGCAAGGGAAUUGAGGGAAAGACAAGCAAGGGAACGGGAACAGAGGGAACGACAAGCUCGGGAACUGAGGGAAAGAGAGGCCAGGGAAAGACAAGCUCGGAAUUAAGGGAAAAAGAAGCAAGGGAAAGACAAGCUCGGGAAUUGAGGGAAAAAGAAGCCAGGGAAAAACAAGCUCGGGUAUUGAGGGAAAAAGAAGCCAGGGAACAGAGGGAAAGGGAAGAUAGG